GUGGAACUGGGCGGGCGGCAAGUUCCAGCUCGAGGAGCCGAGGGGCGCGCGGGACUCGCUCGAGCAGAAGAAGGUGAUGAGCACCUUCUGGUGCGACUCCGCGACCAUCGGGGUCGAUCUGCAGAGGAAGGGCGAGAAGGGGUCUGCCAUCCGCGCGCUGUCCAACGAGGUGGGCACCCUGACGGACACGCGCGCAGCGAGGCUCAAGCGAGACGAGGUUGAGGUUCAGGCGCGAGGAGCGCAAGUCUAUGCCCCGAGGCGUGCGUCGAGCUAG